AUGGCAUGUGUUAACAGCGUCGACCUGGUCCAUAGGAUUUUCUCGGCUGUUAGCUGUACGGAACAGGUGACCAGCACCUGCGCUAGCAGUGCCUUACUUACUUGGGUUUGUGCUGCCAGCUGUCGAGAAUACGGAGCACUUUGCAUUCAGGAAUACAGAAAAAGCAGCAAAGUGGAGUCAAGUCCACGCAGCAGCUUCAUGGGCUUGAAGGAUCAUCUGGCGCACGACCUCGGUCACCUUUAUGUGGAGACAGCGGGCCCGCAUUUAAGCGCAGCUGUCCCUUGGCCAAUGGUAGAAAAACCAACAAUGGAUAAAGUUCAUUCUGGGAAGGAAGAUACAGAAAAAGAGGUGUCUGAAGAAAAUACCAGUGCUGGUGACUCUGAGGAGAGCACAAAUUCUGAUAACGAGGCCGAGCAACUGAGCAGCCUUCCCGUAGAGCCGGGCCUACUUACCAAGACUCACAGACAACUGUGUAGGUCUCCAUGUUUAGAGCCCCCCGUCCUCAAACGCAGUGAGAUCCUGCAGGACUUUAAACCCGAAGAGGCCCAGGCGGCAUCCAAGGAAGUGAAGAAGCCCCCUGAUGUGGUACGAGAAUACCAAACCAAGCUGGAGUUUGCACUGAAGUUAGGUUAUUCUGAAGAACAGGUUCAGCUUGUGCUAAACAAACUUGGGACUGAUGCUUUAAUCAAUGACAUCCUAGGAGAACUGGUCAAACUUGGCAAUAAAAGUGAGACGGAUCAAACCGUUAGUAUAAUUAACAGUGUCCUGCGGGAAACCUCCUCCCUGGAAUCUCAGAGGUCUGAAUCUCCAAUGCCAGAGAUGGGAACCGAUGAUGGGGAAAACUUGAGACCAAUAGUUAUCGAUGGCAGCAAUGUAGCAAUGAGCCACGGAAACAAAGAAGUAUUUUCCUGCCGUGGAAUAAAACUGGCGGUGGACUGGUUCUUGGAAAGAGGCCACAAAGAUGUUACCGUUUUUGUUCCUGCGUGGAGAAAAGAGCAGUCACGACCAGAUGCCCUCAUUACAGAUCAAGAAAUCCUGCGGAAAUUAGAGAAGGAGAAGAUCUUGGUGUUCACGCCCUCCCGCCGCGUGCAGGGACGGCGCGUGGUGUGCUAUGACGACAGGUUCAUCGUGAAGCUGGCCUUUGAGUCAGAUGGGAUCAUUGUGUCCAAUGACAACUACCGGGACCUGGCUAACGAGAAACCAGAGUGGAAGAAGUUCAUAGACGAGCGGUUAUUAAUGUACUCAUUUGUCAAUGACAAAUUCAUGCCCCCUGACGACCCCCUGGGCAGACAUGGCCCCAGCCUGGAUAACUUUCUGAGGAAGAAACCAAUCGUCCCUGAACACAAGAAGCAGCCUUGUCCAUAUGGGAAGAAGUGCACCUAUGGACACAAGUGCAAAUAUUACCAUCCUGAGAGGGGCAGCCAGCCUCAGCGCUCAGUGGCAGAUGAACUCCGUGCCAUGUCUCGGAACACAGCAGCCAAAACUACUAACGAAGGCGGGCUGGUGAAAAGCAACAGCGUCCCCUGUAGCACCAAGGCAGAUAGCACUUCCGAUGUCAAACGCGGUGCCCCAAAGAGGCAGUCAGAUCCCAGCAUAAGGACGCAGGUCUAUCAGGACCUGGAGGAAAAGCUUCCCACCAAAAACAAAUUGGAAACCAGGUCGGUACCUUCCUUGGUUAGCAUACCGGCGACUUCUACUGCAAAACCCCAAAGCACUACAUCGUUAAGCAAUGGCCUUCCAUCUGGAGUUCACUUCCCACCUCAGGAUCAAAGACUGCAGGGACAAUAUCCUCCGAUGAUGAUGGCAACCAAAAAUCAUGGAACGCCAAUGCCUUAUGAACAGUACCCCAAAUGCGACUCGCCUGUUGACCUGGGCUAUUACUCCAUGUUGAAUGCCUAUUCGAAUCUGAGCAUCUCAGGCCCACGAAGUCCUGAAAGGCGUUUCUCCCUAGACACCGAUUACAGAAUCAGUUCUGUCGCUUCGGAUUGCAGCAGUGAAGGGAGCAUGAGUUGUGGGAGCAGUGACUCGUACGUCGGGUACAACGACCGCUCCUACGUCAGCUCCCCGGACCCGCAGCUGGAAGAGAGUCUGAAGUGUCAGCACAUGCACCCCCACAGCCGCCUUAAUCCCCAGCCCUUCCUGCAGAACUUCCACGACCCCUUAACCAGAGUGCAGAGUUACAGUCACGAAGAACCAAAGUACCAUCCCAAGCCUCCUCUUGCACACGCAGCUAUGCACCUGCAGCACCCGGCUGUGGGUGCCCGGUCCAGUUGUCCCGGCGACUACCCGUCUCCUCCAGGUUCAGCGCACUCGAAGGUCCCACACCUGGGGAGGUCCUUGGUGGCCACACGAAUAGACAGCAUCUCUGACUCUCGGCUCUAUGACAGUUCACCUUCAAGACAGAGGAAGCCUUAUUCCCGCCAGGAGGGCCUGGGAGGUUGGGAUAGGCAGAGUUACGGGAUCGAUGCGUAUGGCUAUCGGCAGACAUACUCCUUGCCGGAUAACUCCACCCCGCCUUGCUACGAUCAGUUCACCUUCCAGAGCCUCCCUGAGCAGCCAGAACCCACUUGGCGAAUACCCUACUGCGGAAUGCCACAGGACCCCCCAAGGUACCAAGACAACCGGGAAAAAAUUUUUAUCAACCUGUGUAACAUCUUCCCACCUGACCUUGUGAGAAUUGUCAUGAAACGGAACCCUCACAUGACCGAUGCCCAGCAACUGGCUGCAGCCAUUCUAGUGGAGAAAUCACAGCUGGGUUAUUGAAAGAUGACUCAGCUUUGUGGUGUUUAGUAGUUUGUUUGUUUUUGUUGUUGUUCAGCUCAAAUGCUGAGGGAGGUUUGCUACAAUAGCACAUGUGAUCUCCUUCUCAGCAAGGAGGUCAUAUAGUAUCCAUUUAUGUGAACUACUGUAUCAUGGAAUCUGUAUGUAUAGCCCCACAUGGUGGAAGUAUCACAAGAUUGCUUUACAUUCAAACUUUUUUCUUUUUUUUAAACAUUUCCUUUUUAAAAGCUAUAUCUUGGGCUGGAAAUCUUUCCAGUUUGAUUUAAUAGAUGUAUCUGUGAUCUUUGAUAUUAAUCUUUGGUGCAUCAGGGGUUUAUAUGCAGCACUUUUUACCCUUGUUUCAUGUUUUAUUACCUUGGUGUUUGUCUAUCAAUUGCAAGCAAUUACAAUACCUACAGAAUGUUGGACAUUUGACUUAGACCUAGCAAACUAUUUUUCAAGCCAAGCUUAAUUAGACUCUUUUACAGCUUUUUAAGUUAUUUUUAUUUGGGGGAAAGUGGGCUUCUCUGUGCUAGAAUCAUUAUUUAUAGACAAAACAAAGAUGAAACUACAGCACUGACUUUAUAUUUUAAAGAAAAUGUUAAGUUACCGGUUCACGUCGAAAUGAGUAACAGCCUAUAUUAGAAUGAUUUACAAGAUGGCACUUUUUAUUGUUUGGACUUUGUUCUUGUCUUUCUGUUGAGUAAGUAGAUAAUUUAAUGUGGUUGAUUUAAAGGAAAGCAGAUGCAAUCAAUGGGAAAUUUUUUUUCCCAUUUUCUUUUAUAUGAAUAAGGCAAAAGCCACAACUGGUACAGUUUAGAGCUUUGUUAUCCAGACAUUCUGUGCUUCUAGACAGUAGCAAUGGAAUUGAAUUCCUUGAUUUUCCUUGAGUUUGUCUUUCUAAGGUGUCUGUCCUUUUGUUUGGGGCACAAUGAUACUGGAUAAAACAACCCUUUCACAGUACUUGCCUGUUCUUAAAAUGAAUCUAAUUAUUCUCAAUGCAACUUUUCUAUUUAAUGUACUCUUUAGCUUUCUUGCUAUUUAUCAAGGCUGGCCUGAGGUGGUUUUAUGUGUGGAGGAGAUGCAACAUUUAUUGAUAAACUGCACUAUAGAACUGGCGACGGAGGAGUUGUAAAUGCUAAUUUAAAAUGUUUUUGUAAGAUAUUGUAUAUUUUCCAUUUUCCUGAAGGUAGUUUGUUUUGUUUGUUUCUUUCUUUUGAGGGGAGAGGGUGGGAGGGGGGCCUGUUAUAUUAUUAAGGCCAGAUUCUUGCCACAAAUAGUGUAGUUAUAGAUACAGACUAAAGUCUGUUCUAGUAUUAGUAAGGGAUAUUUCUGGUUCAAAGUCAUGGGUUUUGAUAAAGGGGACUACAUUUCUGUGGGUAUGAAGCUAGACUUUGCAGUCAGUGGCAGAUGGUAUUGGAAUGGACAGAGCCUGGAGUGAUGCCUCCGGGUUUUGAAUGUCGCCCAAGUGGCCAGCUCUUUCAGGCCGGUUUCUGUCAUCAGCCCAGAGGCCCUGGUGACUCUGAUUUCUUUCUACCUGAUAACUGGUCUGAAGCCCAGAAAAGCCAGAAAGUACCUUUUACUGUUGAUACAAAUUGUAUCUUUUUAACUCUUAAGAACUAUUUUGAUUUGUAGAUCUAGUUAAAACACAAAUGUGUAAAGACGAUUAGACUUUUUGGGCAACAUUUUAUCCCUUAUUUAAAUACAAAUUUUUUUUUUUAAGAAGCGAAAUUGAGCUUUAGGCUAGGGUAGACAACAAAAGUAACACAGUUUAGGCAAACACAAGCGUCUGUCUUAGUUGUAUACGCUCCUAUCAAAACCUGCGGACAUGAAUUCAUUGGCGUUUUAUUUCUCCUAAAACACCUAUCUAGUGUGACGUUAACGUAAAAUAAAGGUAAAAUGCUGCCUGAAAAUAAUGCCCAAGCACCUUUGGCUAGGAUAUAACAUUUUCACUACUUGUGCGACACCGUGUGUUGCACUGAGUAGGAUUUGGGUAUACAGUAAAUGCUUCUAAAAGGCAUUGUGCAUAUCGACAUAUCCAAUAAUCUGAACCGUGUUCAGCAAACUUAAUUCAGGAAAGUGGUGUUCUACACAACUGUUGCUGUUGACUCUUUGCGGUGACGUAACGGCACCCCUCCGCCCCGAGUCGUGGAGGUGACGUCACCCCCACCUGUCCGAGUGGCGCGUCCGGAGAGCAGCCGCUCCCUCAGGAAAGCCUCUCUCCGCGGAUCUGUUGGCCACUACCUGUAGAACAAGCUUAAACGUAGAGGCAAACCCAGUGCCAAAAGUAGGGUUACAAAUGUGUAGUGGCUUCGAUUUUCGUCAUAGGCUUAAGAAUCUUUUUUGUGUGUGGCUUCUGUUCGUCUGAACUCACACCCUUUUAAGUUGCACGCGGCAGGCCCUGCGGCCGGUCUCCGCGUCCUAAGUAUUCGACGGAGGGGAUGGCGAGUGGGCCCCGAUCUGUAAGGGGAGCCUGCGGUCACUCUCCACUCUCCCCCUUGCGUUGGACCAGCCAGGGGUUCUCAGCCGAUUGACUUUGUGGUCAGUUGCCUCAUCGCUGGCCAGCCCGUUGGGAGAAAGCGUGUCCUCGGCCGCCGCCUGUACCAAGGUGACUUCAGCCACGAGUCCCUGAUUCCCUCCGAGUUAAGUGGUGGCUCUGUGUCUUUCAAGAGGACACGUGCGUUUCUCCUGAGGCUCCCUCCACCCCACCCCACCCCCGCCCCAGCUUUCGGGGCCCACAAAUGAGAUUGGGGCUGAUUCUUACUUACCCGAAACAAUAAGUAAAAGGAGCCCAAAAGUGAGCCCCCAGUGGAUCCCAACCCUUCGUUUUAGCCAAAGCGGUCUCCCUACUCAAAAAAAAAAAAAAAUGUUUAACCAGAUUUGCUAAGAAGUACCCAGAAAGAGGUUUGUUAGGAAGUGGCGCGAUUGCCAGCAGUGGUCAACUGAUGGAAGGAAAAGGACUCCGAUUGGAAAAUUCUGCCCUGAGUAAUUGGCAGUUGACUGUACUUUACACAGGAAUCAGCCAGUUCAUUGUCUCUGUGUCUAAGUACAGAGGGGAUAGUACCCCGCUGGCCAAAUACUGGCCCUUAGUAUUUCCUUCUUGCUUGCAUGUGGUACAUACACUUUAGAUCUCAUUUUAUGAUCUGUAUAUCCUGAUGCAGUUCAUUGCUGACCUAACCAUUUAAAAGAAGUGCACACCAGUGUAAAAAAGAUUUGGUGGGAACUUGAGUUUUGUGUUUUUUACAAAAAUUCAUUUAUGAGAAUAUAUAACGAAGAGUGUUUUAUAUCUAUCACGCACAUAGAGAGAGACAUACAUACAUACCUAUUUGCUAUGAAGUAUUAAAAUAGGUGGGGAGGGGGCGGGGUUUGCUUUUGAUGGCUACUUUUCCCUGAUGGAACUCUGUCUCUCUGAGAUGUAGACAGCUGGGUCUGGGAUCCAGGUGACCAAGGAAAAGAUUUAGAACACUUGAAUGGAACGCAACUCUUCUGAUUUUAUUCCUGGUUAUUUUUAAAGAGUUAUUUUGAUAAUUUUAAUAGAAUAUGUAAUUUAAAACAAAAACCAAAAAAAAAAAGCUUAAAGUAGUAUUGAUUAUACAGAUAAUUAUUUAACCUGUCUCUUAUGGAUGUAUCUAUAUGUAUAUAGACAGUAAUAUAUUUAUAAAACGAUAUGCUUUGGGUAUGUUGUAGCUCUCAGUUGUGAUCAGUGGGAGGGGUGUGUGUGUGUGUGUGUGUGUGUGUGUGUGUGUGUGUGUGUUUUGAAAACUCGCACACCCUGUCCCCCCACCCCCUAAUUUAAUGGCAUUGACUGAAGCAUAUUUGGUUUUCCAUUUUUCGCUUGCCUAACCAUUUCUCAGCACCCUUAUUCCAGAUAAGCUGGGGUGUACAGUUUUCUGACCAUUCUCUUGGUGUUUGACCUACUUGAUUAUCAUGUCAGCCCUGGGAAACUUCUGGGUGACUGAAACGCAAAUGUUUGGACAAAGAUUAGGCUUCCAUUCGGAAGUGAACUCAGCCGUGACGUUACGUUUCCAAGGUGCACACCAAAAAAUAAAAUGACGUGUGACAAAAAGAUGGGCUAUACCCAAGAAACCAAAGCAUUGAAAGUCAAGGAACACGUGCAUUACCUGUGAUCGUUCUGGAAAGCCCAUGUAGCGAGGGUGAGCGUGCUUCCUCUGACCUUCAGGCAGAUGUAGAGUGUCAGCUUUAAGAGUGACCUGGUCUGCAGAGACUGCUGGCUCUGCUGUGCCAGCACAGAGGCAGCCAAAGCCGCUGUGCUGCUUCGUAAAGCUGGAGGAAAACAAGCUGUCGGCCGGGCUUGCUCUUUGAGGCUGGAGUUUGCUGCCUCCUACCCUAGCGGGAGGAAACCCGCCACAUGAAGCACACAACCCUGCUUCGUGGUAUUAGAAGAAAGUUAUGCCAGUCGCCGUGAAAAGACGGAAUCAAUGGCCUGCAAAAGGAAACUGAGAGCAACGUAUUAAAGCAUCUUAAUUUAUGUGUGAUUUUACUUAGUCUUGCCUUUUAUUUAUUAGAGACAAUUUCAGGCGUUUAAUGACACAUACCCACAAAAGUAUUCUUAUUAAAAAAAUGUUUUUGUGUUAAGUAUGAAAAAAAUUUUGUUCAUGAACUUGGCAUUUAUAUUGAUAGGUGGAAAUCCCUAAUCCUUAUUUUUUUUAACAGCCUCAUGGACCAAAAACUCUUGUAUUUGGAAAAAUUAAAAUAUAGUUAGUUUGCCACAAAAUAUUUCCGGAACUGUAUCAAUCAGUUCCAGUUUUCUACUGUUUUGUUUGGGGGGAUUUUUUUUCCUUAAUAAAUGACAGCUCUACAGUUCUUUGAAAACGGGUCCGAGGAAGGUAAAUGUCUUGCAACACCACCUAAUGUAACUUUCUAAGGUUAAAAAUUGUGGCUAGCAUAAUUGCAGUGACGAUGUGAGUAUAUUGCUGUGCUGUGACUCUAUAAGAAGCCAAGCAUAGCCUGGCUUUCUGUGCCCAGCUCUUUAGCGCAGACUGUAGACACUGGUUCACGAUGUGCCCAAGAUGCUCGUGUGUGACUUGAAAUCCACGGGAGGACGCACUGCGAAGGGUGUUCAUACUCAGCGCUUUAUGACUUGUGUUACAGUCAUAGCCGGUUAGUAGGAAUCUGUGAAAGAAAAACUGGAACACCACUCUAAACCUUUUUGAGGUGUUUAUUUUAAAUGAUGGUUGUUUUAUUUUCUUCCUUGAAUGCUGCCUCUUAACCUAUUUCUGGUAAAGCCACAUCGUGACAUUUCAGAAGCGGGGCUUCCCCAAGAUCCUUACUCUCUCAUUGAAUGGUUUCCCCGCUUGGCAGUGGAACACAUGCAUGGCCGGUUUUUACCCAGUGUCACAAAACGGGAACGGUUCGCGGUUUUGACCGUGUACCUCCCUUGCCCGUCUCCCGUCCAGGUAUUUCAGAUGAGCUGCAGAAUGCGCAUUUGAAGCUUUUGCCCCGUUGCUCAAAGCAGUGUAUGUGUCAAGGGGAGAAAGACGUAGAAGAAGGUAAAAAAGACUUUAAAAGCAUUUUGUAGAGUACUUGUUUCAGAUUCUCUUCGGUUCUUCGAAAUUGUCCGUUUCCCUCCUGACAGGGAACACCUGCCCACGUGGGAGGGUUCCAGGUCACGGACUUCAGCUGAUACUUGUAGGUUAACCUCUCCCAAACCAUCGUUGGAUGCUGAUCGUCGGAUUUCUGAUAUGAUUUUCAAUUUUCAUUUGUAGGAAAAGUAACGCAAAGAAUAUGUAUAGAGUGACCAUCUGGUCAACCGGUGUGAUGUAACGUAUUUAACCCCGUUGUCUGUGUCUCUGUGAAGAAAGCUCUGACCCUCCAAAAGCAGUCCCCGAGAGUGCUGGAAAUCCCCAUCCAGACCCCCGUGUGAGUCUGCCACUGAGAGAGGGGAAAAAAAUAAAAGAUGCAUUUUUCUUA